AUGCAAGAAUCGAGACGUUCGCGGUCAGCGCAGGGCGAAAACUCCCGUAGGAGAAGCGAACCCUUCGCUCAUACCAGCACCUCGUUAGACCGAAGAACUAGCCUCGAUCCCUCGGCUUUACGCACCGCAGAGCCUCGCCUCACGCACCAUGACUCCAAAACCUCCCUACUUUCCUUGCAAACAGAAAACAGCGCUGACGACGCCUUCGUCAAGUGCAAAUACCCUAAAUGUCCCUCCCGCGCCCCGCUUUCAGACGCCAAGAGACAUUACAAAUCGUGUCACAACUGCUCCACCAUGUACUGCUCGAAAGAAUGCCGAAGAGCGCAUUGGGAAAAACACAGGAAAGUGUGCUUGCACUCCCGAGCGAGUGCGCUCUGCAGACAGAUCAUAUCCGCUGCCAAGGAGGACGUGAACUCCCUACAUCAAAUUAGUACCAUCGGCCAUAAAGGCUACCUGGCCCAGGGCAGGGGCGUGGUCAAAGUCUUCUUCACUAGUCCAGAAGCUGCUGAGAAAUUCACGACGCACGGCUACCAAUACCUCAGCGAACCGGAGUACGUCAAAUGGAUAUCGCUGCAGCCGAACGAAAUGGGCGUGGAGCUGUACACGGAGGUGGUCAAGCUAUGCAAAUCGUACAACCCCGAAACGAGGGUGAUCCUGUACGUGGCCGUGUGCAUAAUAAGCGAGGUGCCGACGAAGGGCGCUGUGAAGUGGGAACGGCAGAUGGUUUCCAGAUGCGCGAAGCUACGCCUCAGUAAGAGCGUUACUGCGGCCAUACAGGAACAGAAUCGGAAACGCAACAGAAGGGACAGCAAAGGUACGCCGGAUGACAGGGAAACGCUGAUUCUGACGUCGAAAAUGAGCAACGCCGGGGAGAGGAACGCCGCGACCGCUCACAAAUUCAGGGAAAUAUGCUUCAAAAACAUCGUACACGAAUUGGAGAGCCGGGGCGUUGUGUUGAGGAAGCACUUCCCCGAAGUAUAUUCCCGCUUAGCAGCGUAUGUAGACGGCACGAGUGAUAGAUUCAUUCCAAUGACAAUAUACCCCAGGGAUGCCACGAGUGGAAAAUCUUUCGUGUGUGUGAUUAUGCCAGACAGUGAUGUGGACAGUGGUACACCAGUUGAUGGAAAGGCUGUGACAGUGGAUGUCGGUUUGGACAAGUCUCGGCAUCAACUAUCAACGCCCAUG